AUGUCCAUCUACAGUAACACAGGAAAUUGCAUCGGCGAUACGUUUGCCAGCGAAGAAAAGUACAACAAGACGAGCAGCAGAAAAGUUCUGAGUCCGGAAGAGCAAGAAAGCGCUGAGUAUUUGCAAACAUUCUGGGACUUUAAGGGUUAUUUGGCAAAGUCCCCUCUGUUCUAUGGGUACUACAGUAACGACGAGUACAUACUGGACAACGUACAUUACAGACUUCCGUUGGCUUACUUCCUAGUCAACCUAUGCGUUCUCGGAUACAGCUUCUUCGCGAUACUCAGAAAGAUGGCUUCGAAUGCCAGGAACAGCAAAUUGAGCAGCGGAAAGACCGAGGAGUACAACUUUUCGUGGCUGGUGUUCGCAAAUUGGGAUUAUACGAUUGGCAAUCCGGAAACUGCCGGCAACACGAUGAUGGCCAACGUUACGAAACUUAGAGUAAGUUCGGUUUUGUUUCACGGCUGACC